CUCUUCGGAAGCAGUUGCAAAUGUUGUUGUUGUUGUUUAUUGUUUAUUAUUCUUAUUCUGAGGAGGAAGGAAAGGCAACUCAAAGAAAGGUUGAAAGGGCCUCAUCCCUUGGGCCUUCCCAGGUCGUAUUCUGAGGGAAGGAGGAAAACCUCUUGGAGAAGGAAGAGAUAGUUGAGGAGGGGACAAAGCACACUCUGCUGUAGUCUGUCCAGCCGGUUCCUGGAGAGAAGAGAAGGGGUGCUGACCCGCGGGUGCAGAGGCGCAUGGGAAGGCAAGGUCAGGUGGGCGGCCUGGCCCUGGCCUUGCAGAAGGCGCAUGGAGGGCUCCUCCGGCUGGUGUUGCUGCACCCCGCAAAGGGCCCGGCCAAGCCCCUGGCCUCGGAGGUGCUGACCCGCCACCUGCUGCAGCGGGGUUUGCCCCACUGGACCUCCUUUUGCGUCAAGUACAGUGCCGUGCACAAUGACCAGUUUGGCCGCUCCCACUUCAACUGGGAGGUGAAGGGCGCCAACUACCACAUCCUGCGCACUGGCUGCUUCCCCUUCAUCAAGUACCACUGCUCCCGGGCCCCACGGCAGGACCUGGCCGCCCAGGACCGCUUCUUCACGGCCCUCAAGUUGAUCAACCUGGGCAUCCCAACUUUGUUGUAUGGAAUUGGCUCCUGGUUCCUUGCCAGAGUCACAGAGACGGUUCACACGCAGCAUGGCCCGGUCACGAUUUACUUCCUCAAUAAAGAAGACGAAGGGGCCAUGUACUAGACAGAGAGAGGCAGCGAGAUCACACUGCCGUGGCUUAUGACAGCUUGGGUUCUGCCACUUCAAAGUCCAGGUAUCGGGAUGGAUGGAUGUUUGCCAUCUGCUCUUAGGAAAACAUUUCCCCCUUCUUCCUUGGGUAGCAUUUUGGUUUUCUUUGGGUCUGGUAAAGACAUAGAAGGCACAAUGGAGAAAGGACCCAACCUGGGACAUCACUUGAAUCUAUUCUGGUCCCCAGAAAUUUGUUCUAGCUCUUAAA